GCGGCGACGGCGGCGUCUCCGCUCCGUGCUGUCGGCCGGGUGCUUACGCCCCGGGCAGUUGGCGGGUGGGGCUGUGGAGUGGACGCGUCUGGAAUCUGUGGGGCCGGCGCAGGGAGGACCGGCCCGGACAGAUCAUGGAUGGUUCCUUCAUCCAGCACAGCGUGAGGGUCCUGCAGGAGCUCAACAAGCAGCGGGAGAAGGGCCAGUACUGCGACGCCACCCUGGCCGUGGGGGGCCUGGUGUUCAAGGCCCACUGGAGCGUCCUCGCCUGCUGCAGCCACUUCUUUGAGAGCCUCUAUGGGGUUGGCUCCGGGGGCAGCGUGGUCCUCCCUGCGGGCUUCGCUGAGAUUUUUGGCCUCUUGUUGGACUUCUUCUAUACUGGCCACCUCGCCCUCACGUCAGGGAACCGCGAUCAGGUGCUCCUGGCCGCCAGGGAGCUGUGUGUGCCAGAGGCGGUGGAACUGUGCCAGAGCUUCAAGCCCAAAACCUCGGCGGGACAGGCACCAAAUGUCCAGAGUGGGCUCGCCAAACCCGCCCCCCAGGAUAUGAGCAGCCACCCCGAGGAGCUAGCAGGCGUGGAGGAAGAGGAAGAGUCCGGGGCUGUGGGUCAAGUCCCCAGGGAUCAGGAGCCUGGUGGCAGCACCAGCCCGCCGAGGCCCCAGCUCGGUCUGCCUGCUCCGAUUGAGAGCCCGUCCCUGCGUGGGACACUCAAGCAGGCCCUGAAGCUUGGUCCCCCAGAGGACAAGGAGCCUGAGGAUUGCAAAGUGCCCCCAAGGCCCUUUGAGGCUCAAGGUGCCCAGCUGCAGGGCAGGAGUAAUGAGUGGGAAGUGGUGGUUCAAGUUGAGGAUGACGGGGAUGGCGACUGUGUUUCUGAGAUGGAGACUGUGCUGACCAGGAGGAAAUCGAACGUCCUCAGAAAACCCUGUCCUGCCGAGCCAGCCCUGAGCGCAGGCGCCCUGGCAGCCAAGCCCCCCGAGAAGAGAAAAGGUAGAGCAGUGCCGGUUGAAUGCCCCACGUGUCAUAAAAAGUUCCUCAGCAAAUACUACCUGAAAGUCCACAACAGGAAACACACUGGGGAGAAGCCCUUCGAGUGCCCCAAGUGCGGGAAGUGCUACUUCCGGAAGGAAAACCUCCUGGAGCACGAGGCCCGGAACUGUAUGAACCGCUCCGAGCAGGUCUUCACGUGCUCUGUGUGUCAGGAGACCUUCCGCCGGAGGAUGGAGCUGCGGGUGCACAUGGUGUCCCACACGGGGGAGAUGCCCUACAAGUGCUCCUCCUGCUCCCAGCAGUUCAUGCAGAAGAAGGACUUGCAGAGCCACAUGAUCAAGCUGCACGGGGCUCCCAAGCCCCACGCUUGUCCCACCUGUGCCAAGUGCUUCCUGUCCCGGACAGAACUGCAGCUGCACGAGGCUUUCAAGCACCGCGGAGAGAAGCUGUUUGUGUGUGAGGAGUGUGGGCAUCGGGCCUCGAGCCGGAACGGCCUGCAGAUGCACACCAAGGCCAAGCACAGGAACGAGAGGCCCUACGUCUGUGAGUUCUGCAGCCACGCCUUCACCCAGAAGGCCAAUCUCAACACACACCUGCGCACACACACGGGCGAGAAGCCCUUCCAGUGUCACCUCUGUGGCAAGACCUUCCGCACCCAAGCCAGCCUGGACAAGCACAACCGCACCCACACUGGCGAGCGGCCCUUCAGCUGUGAGUUCUGCGAGCAGCGCUUCACCGAGAAGGGGCCCCUGCUGAGGCACGUGGCCAGCCGCCACCAGGAGGGCCGCCCCCACUUCUGCCAGAUCUGUGGCAAGACCUUCAAAGCCGUGGAGCAGCUGCGUGUGCACGUCCGGAGGCACAAGGGCGUGAGGAAGUUCGAGUGCACCAAGUGUGGCUACAAGUUCACCCGGCAGGCCCACCUGCGGAGGCACAUGGAGAUCCACGACCGCGUGAAGAACUACAACCCGCGGCAGCGAAAGCUCCGGAACCUGGUCAUCGAGGACGAGAAGAUGGUGGUGGUAGCGCUCCAGCCGCCCGCCGAGAUGGAGGUGGGCUCGGCCGAGGUCAUCGUGGAGUCCCUGGCCCAGGGCGGCCUGGCCUCCCAGCUCCCUGCCCAGAGACUGUGCGCGGAGGAGAGCUUCCCGGGCGUCAUGGAGCCCUCGCUGCUCAUCACAGCUGCCAUUCCCGAGGACUGUGACUCGUAGCCUCCACCACAGCCCCGUGCCCCGCCCCCAAUAAACCACAUGGCUUCACACUC